GAGUAUAUUGCUGGAAUAAUUCAAUCUUAAAUCGGAAGAAAAGAAAAGAGGGGCGUAUAAGUAAAAAUGAUCCAUUUAAUAAGAGAUACACACAACACGGUUGUUUUCAUUUCGUUUGGUAAAAUCUCGUAGCGAUUGAUACUUCAAUUAAUUUGUUGAACGUAGUUCAUAUUGAUUUUCACCGGUGACAAAAAUGGAGUCUCCGCAAGGUGGAUCCGAGAGAGACAAAACCAACUCUCCGAUCUCCGUCGUCUCCGCCUUCUGGAAAGAUUUUGACUUAGAGAAGGAGAAAUCCGUGUUAGAUGAGCAAGGGCUUCGAAUUGCAGAAAACCAGGAAAAUAGUCAGAAAAAUAGGCGGAAGCUUGCAGAGAGCACUAGAAAUUUCAAGAAAGCUUCGCCUGAGGAUAAGUUAAGUUUGUUUAAUACAUUGCUUAAGGGGUACCAGGAAGAAGUUGAUAAUCUUACGAAGAGAGCAAAGUUUGGAGAAAAUGCUUUCCUUAACAUCUAUCAAAAGCUGUACGAAGCCCCAGAUCCUUAUCCAGCUCUUGCCUCAGUUGCUGAGCAAGAUAUCAAGCUGUCUGAGGUAGAAUCUGAGAACCGGAAAAUGAAAGUCGAGCUUGAGGAAUUUAGAACAGAGGCAACUCACUUGAAGAAUCAGCAGGCCACAAUAAGACGACUUGAAGAGAGAAGUAGGCAGUUAGAGCAACAGAUGGAAGAGAAAGUAAAAGAAAUUGUGGAGAUUAAGCAUCGCAAUUUGGCAGAGGAGAACCAGAAAACAUUAGAAAUAUUAAAAGAAAGGGAACAAUUACUACAGGACCAGCUGCAGAGUGCUAAAGAAAGUGUUUCCAAUAUGAAGAAAUUACACGAAUUUGCACAAAACCAGUUGUUUGAACUCCGUGCUCAGUCGGAGGAAGAGAGGGCUGCUAAGCAAGCAGAGGCUAGUCUGCUGAUGGAUGAAGUUGAACGAGCACAAACAAUGCUACUUGGUUUGGAGAGAGAGAAGGGAGCUCUCCGAUCUCAGUUACAAACAGCAAAUGAAGAUUCUGAAACUAAGAAGAGUGAUAAUGUAGACUCAAAUAGUGCACUUGAGAAUUCUUUAAUUGCCAAAGAAAAGUUAAUCUCUGAGUUGAACAUGGAGCUACACAAUAUUGAAACAACAUUAUCAAACGAACGUGAAGAACACAUUAAUGAUGUGAAGAAAUUUACUGCAAUGCUCAAUGAAAAGGAGGCUUCUAUUGUGGCAAUGAAGAAAGAGCUUCAGGCAAGGCCAACAGAAAAAAUAGUUGAUGAUUUGCGUAAGAAAGUAAAAAUUUUGCAGGCAGUGGGUUAUAAUUCUAUUGAGGCUGAAGACUGGGAAGUGGCUACAAGUGGGGAGGAGAUGAGCAAGAUGGAAUCUCUUCUUCUUGAUAAGAAUCGAAAAAUGGAACAUGAGCUAACACAGUUGAAGGUCAAACUUUCUGAAAAAACAUCUUCACUCGAAAAAGCAGAACAGAAGGUAGCAGAACUUUCAGCUAAGGUUAACGAACAAAAAAAACUGAUACAAAAGUUGGAAGAUGAUAUAUCAAAGGGAUAUAGUUCCAAUUCCAAAGAUCAUAAAGGAACUUUCCUUGAUGACUGGGAUCUAUCAGAGACAAACCGGAGUGAGGUGUCUGAGCAUCAGAAUGUGGAUCAACAAAGGCUUGCAUUAGAUCAAGAUCAAAGCUCAAUGCUUAAAGUAAUAUGUAGUCAGAGAGAUCGAUUUAGGACACGCUUGAGAGAGACAGAAGAGGAAAUAAGGCAAUUGAAGGAAAAGAUUGGGGUUUUAACAAAUGAACUGGAAAAGACCAAAGCUGAUAAUGUUAAACUAUAUGGGAAGAUUCGUUAUGUCCAAGACUACAAUGUUGAGAAAGUGGUUUCCAGGGGUUCUAAAAAGUAUGCAGAAGAUCUUGAAAGUGGUUUCGCAUCAGAUGUUGAAUCUAAAUACAAAAAGAUAUAUGAGGAAGAUAUAAAUCCUUUUGCCGCAUUCUCAAAAAAGGAAAAAGAUCAAAGAUACAAGGAGUUGGGAUUCAGGGACAGAAUCACACUCAGCAGUGGACGAUUUCUUCUCGGUAACAAAUAUGCCCGAGCAUUUGCAUUCUUUUAUACAAUCGGGUUGCAUAUUUUGGUCUUUACUUGUCUCUAUCGAAUGUCAGCUUUGAGUUACCUUAGUCAUGGCUCAGAGGAAACUCUGAUUGGAGAGAGAAACAUUGAUCUUCCGCGUGGACUGUAGUGCGUGGGUAUACAUGCAACUUACUUCCGGUGGUUAUUUAAUGUAAGGACAAAUUGUCAAUAUUAUAAUAUGUUGUUGUACAUACAACAGAAUAGACUUUUAUCUUAUAAAUAUAUAUAUUGAUAUGUGACUUUUAGGAUGUGUGUUCAGGUUGCUUAAUUUGUGUAUGGUGGGUAAAAGAUAUCUUUACCUGUGACUCUUAGUUUUAACCGGUUGUCUAAAUUUAUUACUUUCCACGUUAUUUUAUUAACGUAUAAUUUA